UAUAUAAAGGUAUACAAUAAAUCUAAAUACAUACACAGCAUAUUCCAAAACAAAUAUAGAAUGGGCUAGACAUAUUACAUGAUCGCUCAUUUAACGUGUACUUAGCUUUAUCUUUUUACUGUAUCAGGUGAUAUAGACAUUUCAAACCAAUAAUAAUAUUUACACGAUUAAUGAAGGAUGUAUGAAAUAUGCAAUUGCAAUAAUUUUUAAUUCAUAUCAAAAUGGAUUUUAAUCAAGAGUGUUCAGCAAAAUUGGUCGCCAAAACAGAUGCAUGUACAAACUGCUAUUCAAAAAUUUGUGAUACUUGUCAGAUACGUGAGGAUUUUUUGUUUCAAGAAAGAUCUACGAGAUCCCAUAGAUCUGAACUUUUUGUUGAUGAGAUAUAUACAUGCAACAAAUGUGAUCAAACAUGGAUGGAUUUAUUAUCAUAUUGUGUUACAUGUAGUCGAUUGGUUUGUAGGUCAUUCAAGGAUAAACAUGACGAUUGUGAUAAACACUAUGGCCUCAUGGAAAGUGAUAUCCGGAAGAGAAGAAAUCUUGUCGAAACUGAAAAAGAAAUUGAACAGUUUGCUUUAAAUUUAGAUAAAAAACGGAAUGACUUAAGAGAAAUAUGCGAGAAAUAUCGAAAUUCAAGUUUUCUUGCAACUCUCAAGAGUUCGGUAGGCUCCAUCGUUUCUAAAUGGGAAGAUACGAUAAAUUCCUAUGCUCGGGAUUCGGAAAUUUUGAAAUCUCAGAUGUCCAGCUUUGAUCACAAUAUAAUCCGACAAAAUGAAUCUUUUCAAGAUUUAAAAGACAAAAUGCAACACAUAAGAAGUAAAAUAACAUUCCCAGUUGAAUUUUUACAAGAAUUAAGCGAAUGGGAAAAGGCAUUCCUUAAACUCACAAACAUUCACACACGUUUUGAUCUAUCUGCACUCAAAAAUACACCGGUGAUUAAUGUUGUCUGCAGACCUGAACAGUUGGAUCAGUAUAUUAUCCACGAUAUACUUGGAAUUCAAAAAGAUCCUUGUAAAGGAGGAAUCUGUGAUUCCAGUGAAUUGCAGGAUACACCCUUAUGUUCUGGCUUAUCAGUUGGUAUUCCUGCUGGUCUUCACACAGGGAGCCUAAUGGAUAGUGCACAUGUAGAGACAGUCCAAAAGAGUAAAACAUUGCCUCAUUUUAACAAGAAGUAUGAUCCCUAUCAACUGCAUCUGUUAGAAACAGAGAUUAAAUCCAAAGACGAAUGUAUACGAAAGCUGAAGUUAGAUCGUGAAACUCUGAAAAAACAUCUCUAUUUGUUGAAGAAUAGUCGUAAUUCAGCUGAAAAGAAAAUGAAAGAAAUAACAAAUCAGUUUGAAGAGGAGGUACAGAGAAAAGAUCAAUUGCACAAAGAAGAAUUAGAAGCUGUUACCAACCAUAAAAAUCAAUUGGAAGAUGACCUUCGAGAAGUGAAAGCUAAAAUGGAACAUCAAUUAAUAGCUCAACAAAAAGAAGUUGAAGAUCUAAAAGCAAGACAAGGAAAACAUAUCCAUGACAUGGCGUCGCAAAUAGAAUUUCUGAAGUUGGAAGCACAGACAAUGGACGAUGCUCAUCAAAAGGCUAUAAAUGAUGCAAUCAAUGAAAAUCAGAAAGCAGAGGAAAGAAUUAAACAGUACAUAGAGCUUCAUGAGAUAAGUAAGCUUCACAUAGAAGGAAUGAAAGACCGUGUAGAUUUGCUUAAAAGAGGCUCACAAAAUACCACCAAAGAAACGGAAGAAGAAAAUCAACGAAUAAAGGCAAAGCUAAAAAGAGUUAAACACAUGUUUAAUGAAUGGACAAAAUCAAGCUCUAGUCUUAACAACAUGAUGGCAUAUGAACUAAACUUGGAUGAUGUAUUCAUCGAAUCUGGAUCGAAACAACAACAAUGUAGGAAUCAGACUGAUACACAAAUCUUUGAUGCACAACAAGCCUCUGAUACUUUGGGUGCACAGUUUAUAGGCGCAAGCAUGACUGCACGAGAAAAGAUGUGUUUAAACAACGAAGAAAGUACAAAAUUUGUAGGUGAUGAAACAAGCGGAAAUAAUACAGCUAAGCAUAUAACGUCUGUUUCAUACACAGCAGAGCAUAUCCAUAUUAUACAGAACUCACAAGUUAGUCUUGCAGACAGUGGAUAUGAUGCACAAAGCUUAAUUGGAGAAAUGGAUAGAGAACAGAUUACCCAGUAAAAACAAUUCUUUUGUUAAAUUUACAUUAAAAAAGUGGAGAUAACAAUGUCCUUCAACAGUGUCAUAUAUCGGCGGAGUAUUAUGUACAUAAGGGAAAUAAACUGAAGGUUCCGAAAUAGAUAGAUUAGUCAUGAGAGUGGUUGCAAUAUUGUAGAAAUGAUGUCGGUGAAAUGUCUCAUCUAUUAUAUGUUAGAUAGAGCAUCCAAUAUGCAAAAAGACGAGCAUGCAUAUGGUGUCACAUAAUGGGUUAAAUAACCCAGUGGCACUUAUUUUGUUAACAACAUUGUUCGAAAACAUUGUUUUCAUAUUUAUUAUAAAAUGUGCAUAAACUCCAUUUGGCAAAAUACAUAGGCAGGAAGUGCUAGAGAAUCAUUGCAGAAGGAAGGAAAACGAUAGUGGAGGAAACUAAUAUUUCACUUCUGUGAUUUUCGACAUUGGCCAGACAAAACUGAAAGUUUAUAAAUUUAAAUAAUCUUUUGUUGAUGGUGCGUCAGAAGCAGAGUAAUAAAUCUAUGAAAUGACAGCAAAAAAUGAAGACCAUGCAUACUAACAUUUUUGUGAUUUAUUUCUGUUCAUAAUGGGAACUUAAAGUAUGCCAUGUACACCUUAGUAAUGUAAAUAUAUUUUUGUUCGUGUAAAUGGAGUGUUCCUCCUUGUAAACGUUGAUACGAUAUUCCAGGGCUGUAUUUCCUAUCAUGAUUUCCUUAAUAGAGGUUUGCUACUCACAAGGAAGCUUUUAAACCAAGAGUUCCAAGUGGUGAAGUUGAAAUCGCCCCUUUGUAAAUUUUAACGACGCCAUCGUCAAACGAAUGACCGUUAUAGAAUAUCUGUUUCACAAGGGAGGGAUUGAUCACAGACUGCAUACUCAAUUUUUGUAAUAAAUUAAAAAAAAAAUAUUUCAUCAAAACCAACUGAUAGUUAUUUUUAAUACCCAUAUUAUACAUGACUUCCUUAAUAUAUGAAUAUAAUGAUAACCCUUAAUUUGAUACAAUGUCUCCUUUUGAUUUGUAUAUUUUGUACUGGGUUUGCACAAAGAACAUCGCAAGAGCAAA